GUGCCUUUUGGGAGGUUUACACAUUGCUCUGUGUCCUCACACAUCUUUACAUACCAUUUAGGACUUAUAUACCACUGCUCUACUGCAAGACACUUGCAGCGAGCUUAUCAGGACUUUGUAUUUUGGAGUGGCUUGAAUGUCGGCGGAACAGACCUGCACAUGAAAUGCCACUUUUCUGCCUCUACUUAUGCAGGUAACCUGAUUUUUUUUUAUUUUUAACCAAAAAAAAAAUAAAUAAAAAAAUCCAAAUAGUAAACACUCCGUCCGUCUUGCAUAAUAAUUUCUGUUUCCAUCAAAGUUAAGGAAAUUGUCACAGGGCAGGUUCAGCACACGAAUGGGUUUAAAGUGCAGGUUUACUGGAACAUUUGUCAAGUUCCUUCUAGUUCGCGUGGCCAGAAUAAACAAGAAGUUAGUCUUGGCCUGCCGUAAUUCAGAGAAUAAAAAAAAUGCUGAGUCUGAAGGACUUUUCACAGGUUCACAGCAAGCAAAUGUUACUAGUGUGUAAAGAUCUAAAGGAGACGUUGCCAGCAUUUACAGUAUGGGGAUGGAAAUGUGUGUCUAAUAAGGCACGUUUCAAACCAAAAAGGGGAAGAGAUGAGUAGGAGGAGGAUGUUCUGCAAACUCUACUGUAAUCUGAUAUACAGCAAAGCAGCUAUCUAAUCUCGCCUGCAAAUACCUUCCCCCCUCUGCAUGGUAGAAAUUAACUGAGCUGCUCUGUAGCUGCAGGCAUUGUCUGUGAAGCUGCUCUGCAGAGCCGGGGAGGAGGCAUCCAGGCUACCACCGCAAUCCACUCCACAGCUUGAGGGCAGCCCAGACUUCUGCUUACUAUUGUACAGCCAAAAAAAUUGUGAUGCUUUAUGUGGGAAGCCCUGAGUAGGGAAGUGAUUUACAUUACCCAAGCUAGCAAGCAGGCAGAGCUCCUUGUCAGCAGACGUUGCUUUUAGGGUUGGUUCACAUGCCAGUCACGUCCACCCUUUGGAACAGCGAACAGCAACACCGGGGCUUCAUCAAGUGAUGAGAACAGACGUCAAACUGGCCUAUGAAUAUUGAUGUGGAGGCUAGUCUGCUUUCGUAGAGGAGCAGAAGGAAGCAAGAUGGCUGCCCUUUAGGAUUUGUUAGAAAGGAGACCCAGACUGUGUUUGCUGGAUUUCUGCAAAGCUGAGGGACGUUUAAGAGAUACGUUUGCAGGGAAGCCUUUUGGAUGGCCCUGGAGCAGGCCAGAUGGAAGAGGAAAGAACCAACCAUAAUGAGGGCAGUAGAUUGAGUCCACUUUUAAUACAUCCAGCACCUGCUUGCCAAACCAAGAUCACAAAGCUUCAAAAUGGGAGCCUGCCAACUGAGGACACCCAUAUGCAAGUUAACGGUGACAAAUAUUUACCAAUUAAUAGCAGCUACAAUGUCCCACACAUGAAAGGAAACCAGGAAUGUGCCGGUUCUGAUCUACUACAUGAAAACAGACUGUUUUUUAACCAUGUUCAAAAUGGCGGGAUAAAACGCACGUUUAGUGAACCUUCGCUUUCUGAAUCCCAUCUAUUGAAAAAAGUUAAAGGACAUGAUAUGGUUAAUGGAGAAAAUCAAGGUGACUUAAGAGAUAAUAAUAAUCCACAAAACGUCUCUGAUUUCUGUAGUAAAGAUGAAUCGGCAAGAAUAUUAGAACAAGAAAAUCCAGGGUUUCAGGUUCCCAGCAAUCCAAGUAAAGAUCAUAAUUCCCACAACGGAGACAUUGUCUUAUGUCGCAAUGAUAAGACAGUGCCAAUGUCAAAUGGUGCUAAUGUUUCUGCCUCUUCCAUGGAAACCAUUCAUAGCGAGCUCCUGGAAAAUACACACCCUCAAUAUUAUCAUGACAAGGUUUCCAUUGCAAUGCAGAAGAAUACACCUCACAUGGAUGCCAUUAACACUCUAAAUGAUGCUAGUAAUGACUUGUCUCCUCAGACAAUUCAUUCACCACAUACCUCAGGGCAGGUCACUUCCCACCAAACCUUGAACUCGGUGCUGCCUCAAGGGCCAGAUGCAAUGGCUGUUGAGGCCUCUAAUGGUGACAGUUUCAGCGAGCCAGCUGCAUUACCUGAAAGCUUUUCACUUAACCUAAACGAACAGGAACAACUUCCAAAGGAGACACCCAAGUAUAACUCCCAUACGUUAUUGGAUGGAAACUGUGACUCACGUGAUGCGGUGGGGCAGACCUCCGCCCAGAACCAGUCUGUUUCUACCAAUACUUCUUUCCCAUGUGUGAAUAGGAGCUCUGACAAUGAGCCUGCUGAGCAUGAUUCACUGGAAAAAGAUCAUUUUCAUUCAUUGCAGUUAAACAAAUUAAUGUAUUCCCAAGAAACAGAACAGUUAAAUUCCAAUCGGAACCCAUAUGAUGGUUUGAUAUUUAAUCCCACUCCACCCAAUGAACCUGCUCAGACACAUGAUCCAGCAGUCUCCCCGCACUCUGCUACUCCACACGCACAUGGCACAAAACAUAUGUUGCAACCCACCGAGUUGCCCUCUCUGCACUGUUCUUCAGGAAGAGAGGCUGCAUCUGAAAACACGGUUCCCAACAUGUGUCUGUUUGACAACAGUACAAAGAGGCAAAAUCAGUCUAUCCUCCAACAAAAUAGCAGGGAGAAUUGCAACGGAGCAGGGAAAGGCACAGAAGAAAAUAGGCAGCAAGCAAAUCCCUAUUUGAAACAGGACUGGUUAGAACGUGAUCCUAAUCAAUGUAGAAAGAGAGGCUCUUCCCAGAAUUCUGAUUCAGAUUUAUUGCAUUUGCUUCUAGAGUCCCAGUCACAAAACCAGAUGAAGCUAAAGCAGUAUACAAGAAAACAGGGUCUAAUAAACGAGAGCCCAUACAACCCAGACAUGCCAAGCGACAUGACAACACUGCAGCCAAACAGUCAUGAUCAUCAGCUAAAUUUCCAAAAGCACUUAAACGAGGCUAAACAAAAUGAUUCCCAUAUACAGUCACAUGCACAGAAAAGCAAUGAUAAUCUUUUUAGCUUCAAGGCAGCUUCAGAACCUGAGCAAGUGUUUGAUCAAGGUUUAAAACAGCACUUAAACCUGCAGACAUCUCGAGCUGAGACUGGACCAGUUCCCCACAAUUUGCAGCAGUCACUGCACCAGCAGAAUACAAAACAAUGUGAAAGCCCACAGCUACAUCAUAACCAAAAUGUUCAACAGAGGCAUCAGCAAGAAUUGCAAUUGCAACAUGCCCACCAUCACUCACUGUACGGUAGCAUCCAAACUAAGGAGAGCACUCAUAACUCAAUAAAACAUGAAGAAAACUCUAUGGUUCUGAAUCAGUACCAGAAUUCUCUACAGUACCAGCUGUCAGCCCAAGAACUGGAGAUGGAUCCAAGGAAACAUUCAAGUAACACAGAUUCCACUUUCUGUCAAAAUCAGGAACCCAGCACACAUCACACAGAACGUCCUUCUGCAGGCAAAGAGCUGUAUGCUCCUGAGAAGAUGGAGUCUGGUAAAUGUUAUGCACAAGGGGUAACAGGUGCGUUGCAGCACAUGAAAUAUUAUCAGAAUAAUAGUUCUCAGCAGCGAGACACACACAGUUAUCAAGCUACAAAAAACAGAGUCCCCAUCCCUCAACAUUCACAUCAACAAACCCAAGAGAACAGUAGACUGAGCCAAGAUGUAUAUGUUCCCCAGAGCACAUCAAACCAAAAGAGAUACCUGCUACAAAGCCAACCUACUACUCCAUUUUCACAGGAUCAAACAGGAUAUAAUUUAGAUUUUGCAAACCAAGUAGAUUGUAUUCCAAAACAUGCUGCCCUUAGACAUCACCUACUUCAGCGACGGGAGCAACAAAGGCAUGAAAGCUCCCUUGGGCUUAAAACUGCUAAAAUGGAGAGCAGCUCCCACUGUAUGCGUACACCCAUGGAGAACAAAACAGGCAAAAAAACAAUCAAACAAGAGAGUCAGCAUUUUGGCACAGAGAACAUGCAACAAAAGAGUAUCAUCGAAACAAUGGAACAGCAAAUGAAACAGUAUACUGGGAAAUCAUUGUUUCAUCAUCAUGUGUCCACCAUCAGAUCACCCAAGCACGUGAAGGUGGAGUCCUCAGGUCCUGUUACAAUCUUAAGUACACACACCGGUUCAUCAACGUUUGAUCAUCACAGUGUUCAUCCUCAAGAAAGAACACCAACCAAGAGGGCAGCGGGAUCUGCCCUGAAUCAUUUUUUAGAAUCACCUUCUAAGCUUCUGAGCACCCCAGUGAAAAAUUUUUUGGAGACGACCCCUGUAAAAACACAAUAUGAUUUCCCGUCAUGCAGUUGUGUGGAACAAAUCAUUGAGAAGGACGAAGGACCCUAUUAUACACAUCUUGGGGCUGGACCUAAUGUGGCAGCUAUCAGAGAAAUGAUGGAAGAAAGGUUCGGUGAAAAAGGGAAAGCUAUUAGAAUUGAAAAAGUGGUUUAUACGGGCAAAGAAGGCAAGAGUUCUCAGGGAUGCCCAAUUGCAAAAUGGGUUAUUCGUCGGAGUGGAACUGACGAGAAGCUGCUGUGCUUGGUGAGAGAACGGGCUGGUCACUCCUGCGAGACGGCUGUGAUUAUUAUUCUUAUACUGGUGUGGGAAGGAGUUUCUUUGUCAUUAGCCGACAGGUUAUACAGUGAGCUCACCGAAACACUUCGGAAAUAUGGAACCUUAACAAACAGACGUUGUGCGCGUAACGAAGAGCGCACUUGUGCAUGCCAGGGGCUGGACCCCGAAACCUGUGGUGCCUCUUUUUCUUUUGGGUGCUCAUGGAGUAUGUAUUACAAUGGGUGCAAGUUUGCCAGAAGCAAAAUUCCACGAAAAUUUAAACUUCUCGGUGAUGAUCCAAAAGAGGAAGAGAAGCUGGAAGCCAAUCUGCAGCACUUGUCAACCUUGAUGGCUCCAAUCUACAAGAAACUCGCACCUGAUGCCUACCAUAAUCAGAUCGAGCAUGAACACAGAGCUCCCGACUGCCGUCUUGGUACGAAGGAAGGUCGCCCUUUCUCGGGAGUCACUGCCUGCCUAGAUUUUUGCGCACAUUCCCACAGAGAUUUGCACAAUAUGCAGAAUGGCAGCACACUGGUUUGCACUUUAACCAGAGAAGACAAUCGUAAUAUCGACAAAGUGCCACAAGAUGAGCAACUGCAUGUCUUACCUCUAUACAAGGUCUCUGAUGUGGAUGAAUUUGGAAGUAGGACAGCUCAAGAGGAAAAGAAAAGGACCGGUGCUAUCCAGGUUCUGUCUCACUUCCGCAGACAAGUAAGGAUGCUGGCAGAACCGGUGAAGACGUGUCGCCAAAAAAAGUUAGAAGCCAAAAAAGCUGCAGCAGAAAAACUGUCUGCUGCUUUGGAAAAUGGCACAGGCAAGCAUGAAAAGGAGAAACCAUCACGCUACAAGAAUGCGCAGCAGGAAUCGGCCACCCAUGAGAAACAGCUGGCAGAUAUUUUACGGAUUUCAGGACCUGGUGUGAACCAUGGCUCCGUUACUAAUGUUAAUCAUACCCACCCCAUACGUUCUUACCCGGCAUCAGAUCAAACAAAUCCUUAUGCAAGAAUUCAAAAUCUGCCUGACCCAUAUCAGAAUGCAGCAUCUCCAUAUCCUGGAUCUAACUUUGCAGAUGUUUUCCAUGCCCCCUCCAACUGUGCCUCUAACCUUAUGAAUCCCUACCAAGGAUCCUUAACUCAAGGUAAACCAUGCCCCCCUUAUCCAUGUAAUGGAAAUGCUCCCUUAGACAACCGCUCAUCAUAUAUCAGCCCAUAUUCUCCACACCCACCAUCUAUGGAUUUCUGUAAAUUUAAGAACCAAGACCCUAUGACUAAAUUAAAUUUGCCUCCAGUCCAUUCAUUAUACCAGCAGAGGUUUGCAAACAGCCAAACGUAUGGCCACAAGUACUUGAAUUACGGAAAUGAAAGCAUGCAGGUUGGUGAUUUUAGUGGCUAUAAUCAUAAACCAAAUUCUCACCAUAUGGGGUCUUACAACCCCUACCCUUUGCAUUCAGCAGAUAAUCACUUAAUGGAUGGUGCCUAUAAAUCCAAAUCUGGCCUAACUAAUCCAGAUUACUCAUCUAUGAACAAAAAUGGCGAGUAUCCUCUUCCACACUCCUAUCGUGCUCAUGAGUCUUCAAGUACUUUAGGUGGCAGAGCAGGCUCUCUGCAUCCUCAUGGUAAAAACAGUGAAAUACACUCACAUGUAUCCAACGGGAUAUCUGAAAUGCUUCCAGGUCUUAACCAUGACAGGACUACUGUUGGAGGCCUCAGCAGAACUAAUGGUGCUAACGUUCAAGAAAAGAUGACACAGGCCUCAGCUCCAGUACCAGAGGAGAACGAGGAAGUUUGGUCAGACAGUGAGCAAAGUUUUCUCGAUCCUGACAUAGGAGGUGUAGCAGUGGCCCCAACUCAUGGUUCAAUCCUAAUCGAAUGUGCAAAGCGUGAGCUUCAUGCGACAACACCAUUGAAAAAUCCCAAUAGGAAUCACCCUACCAGAAUAUCCCUUGUUUUCUACCAACACAAAAGCAUGAAUGAGCCGAAACAUGGGCUGGCGUUAUGGGAGGCAAAGAUGGCAGGUAAGGCCAGAGAAAAGGAAGAAGAGUGUGAAAAAUACGGCCCAGACUAUGUGGCUCCAAAAUCUAACAACAAGAAAGCAAAGCGAGAGCCCAUUGAGCUGGCACAAGAAACUGCAGAACCAACCUAUCUUCGUUUCAUCAAAUCCCUCACGCAGAGAACAAUGUCAAUAACCACAGAUUCUCUCGUUGCUACAUCCCCCUACGCCUUAACACGGGUUACAGGACCUUACAACAGAUACAUGUAGUCUGCUGGUUUACCUCAUUUACAUCAGAGCGGUGCAGCAUUUUCUUACAGGGCUUGGCAAUGUGGUUGUGUGGAUCAUUCACAGUGUGAGAAAGAGGUGAAAGCAUUUGCCUAAUUUACCAGCAAAGCAAGAGGUGUCUUUACUAUCAUUUUUUUAAUUCUUUCUGACUUACAAAUGGUUGCAGAACAUGAUGAGGAAGAAGAUCUAAUCAUCCUAUGCAAAGGUGUUCAAAUGAUACGAGACAGGUUUUACUGGAUGAAAUAUAAAAGUAUUUUUUGUAUCCUCCUUGUACCAGUAUACAUCUGUGACCACUUUUAUAGAAAAAAAACAAAAACAAAUAAUGUCUAGCUAGGAGCCAGAGCUGAACUUACUGUAGUGUUUUGACAUCAGGAAUCUUAAAAAUACCAUCUGGUGCUGAAUUCCUAAUGUGCUAAAUAAUACUGGAAUUGUAAUGUAUGUGGUUUAAUAUUGACCUCCAAUGUAUUUAAGUAGCUUUUAUGCACAGAUCAUUGUAGAGAGAAAAACAAAACAUUUAAAUUACACUGAAAAUGUUUGGACAUUCUUUUAAAGAUUGGUGCUAUCAAGUGUGUCCUUAUAAAUCUAAAUUAUUUUAUGCCUUGAAUUACACAAAUAAUUUUAAUCAGUGUACAUGAAUUCAAAGAUUUUUUUUUAAAAAAAAAAUAUUAAAAAAAGCUCUUCUCGUUUUUAAA